AUGAGUGAAUCAGCUGUACCAGCUGACAUUAUAAUGCAACCAUUUGCAAAAUUAUCAGAAGAAUCACUUAAAUUAGCAGUUGAAUCAUUAAAUGAACUUAAAAUACCAAACACAACAUUAGCAUCAACCACAGCAGAACAACAACAACAACAACAACAGCAGCAGCAACCACCAUCAUCAUCUACAACUAAAGAAGGUGGUGCAACUACAACUCAAGAUAAUAAAUUAACUGCAAAUGGUGGAACUACAGCUGAUAAUAAUAAUAAUAAACCAAUGGUAAUAAAUAAAUUAGAUUAUUUACCAAUUAUUAAAAGUAAUAUAUGGGAUGAAUCUUAUGGUUGGUUAACAACAAUUCCAAAUUCGGAAUCAUUUGCACAGAUUAUUGGUACAACUAUUAAAGAAGGAAAAGACAUUAAAAAGACAUUAUAUAUACUAGAUCCAAAACAAUUGAAAGAAUCAUUCAAUUUAUUAGGUUUAGACCAACAAGAGAAUUCCAUAGACACCAAUGAGAUGAUAUAUAAAAUAGAAGAGGAGAUGAUGAUGCAAGGUAUCUUCAAAAUUUUAUUUAAAUUAGAUAAGAAAACUUUAGAAAGCUUUUGUAGAGAUUUAAAAAUUCAAAUAAAAGAUGAUAUGGGUGCGCUAUGUGAUUCAAUCAUGAGUACAAUGUAUGAUUUAGAAGAAUCACCUGACACUACAACUACAGCAGCAGCAACAACAACAACUACUACAACAACCGCAGCAGUACCACCACCACCAACAACAACUACAACAACUACAACUACAACUCCAACAAUUGCAUCAACUCCAACAGUAGUUCCACCAACUAAUACUACCACAACUACUUCUACAACUUCACCAAUUCCAAGUACAACACCAUUGACAAACACUACCUCAAUAGCAGCAGCAACAACAACAACAACAACAACUCCCACUGACAAUAGUGGUACAAAUUCACCAAAUAAAGAGACAACUCCAUCAAAAGCUAAAAAGGGUGUACCAAAAAAAGCACCAACUAAAAAACAGCCAGCAACUAAAUCACCAACAACUGAAACUGCAGGCAUAGUACCAACAACCACUACAACACCACCACAGGCAACAACAACAACAACCACAACAACACCACCAACAAAUAUAAUAGCACCAAAAACUAACUCAACUAUAAUAUCACCACCAACAGAAGCACCAUCAAAACCAGCACCAAAAACAUCAAAAUCUCAAGCAACAACAACAACAACAACAACAACUGUACAAUCAACAACAAAAAAUACCGAAAAAUCACAAAAUUUAACAAACACAGAACAACCAAAAAAGAAAUUAAGAUCAUCAUUGGAUAAACCAUCAUCAGAUAAACCAUUAACUCCAACUCUUCCUGGUAAAAGGGAGAGAAAACCAUUACCAUUGGACCCUGUACAUUUACAACCAGAACAAAAAUCAAAACCAGGAAGCGGUAGCGCCCAAUCUGCUUCAACAGCAAAGCCAACCCCUACAACAACCACCACAACUACAACCACUACAAAACCCAAAUCUACCAUAGCAAAAACAUCAACCUCCACAACAAUAAAAUCAAAGCCCACUACUAAAAAGAAAGAAACAACUAAAAUAAUAACAAAUGGAAAAAGAAAAAGAAAACAAGAUAAUAAUAAUGGUAACGAAGAAGCAGCAGCAGAAGAACAAGAAGAAGAAGAAGAGGAAGAUAAUAGUAAUGGUAUUCAAAAUAAUAAUAGUAGUAAUGAUGUAGAAAUAAAUAGUGAGAAUGAAUCAGACAGAGAACAAAACGAUAAUUUUAGUAAUUUUGGAAGUAGUAACGGUAAUGGUAAUGGUUUAUUAUCAGAGGAUGAUGACGACGAUGAUGAUGAUGAUAAUAAUAAUAAUAUAAUGGACUAUCAAUCAACAGCGUCUUCAGAGAUUAAAGGUUAUUAUACUCAUGAUAGAAAAUGGAUAUGCCCAUCAUUUGAUUAUAUAAAGAAAGGAAUUGAAAGAGGAUUUUUACAAAAUAACUUUAAUCUUUCAGAUUUAUUAGAAUACUGUAAAAUUCAUGACCUUCCAAAGAAUAAAACUAAAACCAAAACUAUCAAAAUAAUACUCGAUUUCGUUGAAACUGGCACCGCACCUCAACAAACUUCAAAACCAAAGAAAUUAGUUGGUAAAGCUGCUGCAAAGAAAAAACUACAAGAUCAACAAGAACUUGCAUCAUCAUAA